AUGGCGCCUUCCAAAAAAGCAGGUAAGAAGGGAGUCAGUGGACUAUUAGGAGGUGGUGGAAUAGGUGGAGGAGGUAAAUCUCAAAAAGUACAGAAGGCCGACUGGAGUGAAGGUUUUAAGAAGAAGAAAGCUGCAGGUGUACCUGAUAUGACACUGCUAAGUACGAUCACCAAUGAAGCAAUCAACGAUAAUCUCAAACAACGGUUCAACAAUCAAGAGAUCUAUACAUACAUCGCACACGUCUUGAUAUCUGUUAACCCCUUCCGAGAUCUUGGAAUAUACACAACGGAUAUCUUAAAUUCAUAUCGAGGCAAAAAUCGAUUAGAAAUGACACCACACGUAUUUGCCAUUGCUGAAUCAGCUUAUUACCGAAUGACAACUGAAAAAGAGAAUCAAUGUGUUAUCAUCUCAGGAGAAUCAGGUGCGGGUAAGACGGAAGCUGCCAAAAGGAUCAUGCAAUACAUAGCAGCUGUUUCAGGUGGUGAAGGUAGUGGAGGUGGAAUCGAAAGUGUGAAAGAAAUGGUAUUGGCUACAAACCCUCUAUUGGAAAGUUUCGGUUGUGCCAAAACGUUGAGAAACGAUAAUUCAAGUAGACAUGGUAAAUAUCUAGAGAUCAUGUUCAACGGUUUGGGUCAACCUGUCGGUGCUCAAAUUACCAAUUAUCUAUUGGAGAAGAAUCGAGUCGUAGGCCAGAUUGAAGAUGAACGAGAUUUUCAUAUAUUCUACCAAUUUACAAAAGGAGCGAGUCCAGAGCAGAAAGAGGCAUUCGGUUUGCAGGGACCUGAAGCUUAUGCUUAUACAAGUAGAAGUGGAUGUUUAGAUGUUAAAGGUAUCAAUGAUGUGACAGACUUCCAAGAAACUAUCCGAGCGAUGCAAGUCAUAGGUCUCACAUCAGAUGAACAAAAUUCAAUCUUCAAAGUGAUCGCUACAAUUUUAUGGUUAGGAAAUGUCGAAUUCGUAGAAGGAGAUGAUGGCAACGCCACUAUCUCAGAUACAGGAGUAACGGAUUUCGCAGCUUAUUUGAUGGAAGCCGAUCCGGCACAAUUACAAAAAGCUUUAUUGACCAGAGUAGUGGAAACUCAACGUGGAGGAAGGAGAGGAAGUGUCUAUGAAGUACCGCAAAACGUUGCUCAAGCCAGCUCAGGAAGAGAUGCUUUGGCUAAAGCGCUCUAUAACAACCUCUUCGAAUGGAUUGUCAGCCGUGUCAACGUUUCAAUGAAACCUCACCAAAAUCCGGAAUACGUUAUAGGAGUAUUGGAUAUCUAUGGAUUCGAGAUCUUCCAAGAUAACAGUUUCGAGCAAUUGUGUAUCAACUAUGUUAAUGAGAAAUUGCAGCAGAUCUUCAUUGAGUUGACCCUCAAAGCCGAACAGGAGGAAUACGUGAGAGAGCAGAUCAAAUGGACUCCAAUCAAGUUCUUCGACAACGCUGUUGUUUGUUCUUUGAUCGAAGACAAACGACCUGCCGGUAUUUUCGCUACACUCAAUGAUGCGACAGCUACAGCUCACGCCGAUCCCUCAGCAGCUGAUAACUCUUUCAUACAACGAUCAAACAUGCUUUCGGCUAAUCCGAAUUUCGAAUCUAGAGGAAACAAAUUUUUGAUCAAACAUUAUGCUGGAGAUGUGCUCUACAACGUAUCGGGAAUGACAGACAAGAAUAAGGAUACAUUGAUUAAGGAUAUCUUGGAUUUGAUAGAAGGUUCAAAAGAUGAUUUCUUACAUACUUUGUUCCCUGAGAAAGUGGAUCAUUCAAAUAAGAAAAGACCUCCUACUGCAGGUGACAAAAUCAAAUCUUCCGCCAAUGCUCUGGUUGAGAACCUGAUGAAGUGUCAACCCCAUUACAUUCGAACUAUCAAACCUAAUCAACACCGAUCACCUACAGAAUAUGAUGAUAAAGCUAUUCUACAUCAAAUAAAAUAUUUAGGUUUACAGGAGAACAUUCGUGUUAGAAGAGCAGGUUUCGCUUAUAGAGCUGAAUUCUCAAAGAUGAUCCAAAGAUUCUACCUUCUCUCCCCUGCGACAUCAUAUGCGGGUGAUUAUAUAUGGGAAGGCGAUGAUCGAUCGGGUUGUGAGAGAAUUCUACUAGAUGCUAAGAUUUCAAGAGACGAAUGGCAAAUGGGUGUAACCAAAGCUUUUAUCAAGAAUCCUGAGACUCUCUUCUACCUCGAAGGCGAAAGAGACCGAUAUUGGCACACUAUGGCUUCUCGAAUUCAAAGAGCGUGGAGAGCAUAUGUUCGAAGAAAGGUUGAAGCAGCUAUCAAGAUUCAACGAUUCUGGAGAAACCAAAAAGAAUCGUUGGUUUACGCUCGAAAGAGAGAUUAUGGACACGAAGUUUUAGCUGGAAGAAAAGAGAGAAGACGAUUUAGUUUGCUGGGUAUGAGGAAAUUCAUGGGAGAUUACUUAGAUGUCGGAGGUACAAGUCCUCAAGGUGAAAUGUUAAGAAACGCUGCUCAGAUUGGUCCGGCGGAAGCUGUACACUUCAGCUCAAGAGCAGAAUUGCUCAUAUCAAAACUUGGUAGAUCUAGUAAACUCAGUCCAAGAUUCUUGAUAAUUACGGACAAAUCUGUAUAUUUCGUGGUCUCAGCUUCAAAAGACGGUCGAGUCACCACCAGCCUAGAAAGGAAGAUCCCACUUGUCACUAUCAGAUCCAUAUCGCUGACUAAUUUGAGGGACGACUUUGUCGCACUCAACGUGAACGCUUGCGAGGAAGGAGAUCCUAUCUUUACUUGUGUUUUCAAGACGGAGAUGAUGUGUGUCAUUCUCACCUUGACAGGCGGUAAUAUGGCCGUCAAUAUUGGGCCUACACUGGAAUAUGCCAAGAAAAAGGAUAAACGAGCUCAAAUCGCGACUAAGAAAGAUGAGACUAUCAGAGGAGACGCGAUUUACAAAAGUCAUACUAUUACUGUUGGUUCUGGUGAACCAGCUUCGAGUGUCUCGAAUCCUAUGCCACCCAGAAAACCUAAGGCUAAGAAAGCAGCAAAAGCAGCUCCAUCCAGUCGACCAAGUCAUCGACCAACAGCUAAAACUCUUCCCGGAGCAACUAAACCUUCCGCCCCUGCAGCUAUGGCUUCGAUGCCUUCUGCCCCAACAGCGUCUGCUACCACCAGAGCCGUGCCAGCACCUAAAGCUUCUAUAGCGAGUGCAGCGUCUCGAGCACCUCCUUCUAUCCCUGGACGCGGUGGUCCACCGCCUCCGCCACCACCGCCUCCCUCUGCUCCCGCCAAAGAACUUUACAAGGCACUUUACAACUUCGCAGGUCAGGCUGGUGAGAUGAAUCUGGUAAAAGGCGAAUCAGUAGAAGUUAAGGAGAAGGAUGACAAUGGAUGGUGGAUGGUGGUCAAGAACGGACAAGAAGGAUGGGCACCGUCGAACUAUUUGAAACUUAUCGAAUCUGCUGCACCUCCCCCUCCGCCCCCACCAACUGCAGCAAGAAGAGCACCACCAGCAGCACCUACUCCACCUUCAGCAAUGAAUGGGUCAUCUUCAUCAACUCCAUCAAAUUCAAGACCUUCCUCAACGAUAGGUAAACCCGCUUUAGCACCAGCUAUAAAACCUAAACCAGCCAUUCCUGCCAAACCUUCCGUGGGAGCUAAACCUGCAUUCAGCGGUGCAACAGCGGGUGGGAAACCACCAAUACCUUCUGCACAGAAAUUUGCACCUGCGCAAUCGAAAAAGACUGGUUCGGUGGCGCCCCCCGCAGCUGCAACUGGUCAAUUGGAUCUGGCUGCUGUGUUCGCAAAAAGAGCUCAACAAGCCAGAGGUGAUUGA